CAAAGAACUUGUUUCAAACUCUUUUUGAGCCUUUGAAAAAAUUUCUUCAAAUACUCAUAAGUAAACUUAAUCAUCAUAAUUCAUAUGGCAACUAACUUUUGGGUUCCAUUAAUAUUUUCCUUGCUCGUGAUUGGAUCGAGCAAAUCCCAGUCAUUAUUGUCGUCGGGAUUCUAUAGCACGACAUGCCCUAACCUACAAUCGAUUGUAAGAGGAAUCGUGAACCGAGCUGUGUCGAACGAAGCUCGUAUGGGCGCUUCUUUGCUUCGUCUCCAUUUUCACGAUUGUUUUGUUAAUGGAUGUGAUGCAUCGGUUUUACUCGACGACACGGCAAAUUUCACGGGAGAGAAAACCGCGUUUCCCAACAACAACUCGUUGAGGGGAUUUGAGGUGAUCGACAACAUCAAAACGCAGGUGGAGGCAGCGUGCCGUGGGGUCGUCUCCUGUGCCGACAUCUUGGCCAUCGCGGCACGCGAUGGAGUUAUUGCGCUCGGGGGUCCGAGCUGGCAAGUUGGGCUCGGGAGGAGGGACUCAACCACCGCAAGUCGAAGCGAUGCCAACAACCAAAUCCCAGCACCGACUCUCAAUUUGAGUGGGCUCAUUACCUCCUUUAAUCGCAAAGGUUUCACACCGAGGGAACUUGUUGCCCUUUCAGGUGGGCACACGAUAGGGCAGGCGAGGUGCACGACCUUUCGGACAAGAAUAUACAACGAGUCAAACAUAAACGGGCAAUUUGCGGCCACCAGACGAAGAAACUGCCCGGCUAGCGGUGGAGACAACAAUCUAGCGCCACUAGACAGCAGUCCCGCUCAAUUCAACAACGACUAUUUCAGGGAUUUAGUGGGUUUGAGGGGUUUGCUGCAUUCAGACCAACAACUUUUCAACAAUGGCUCGACCGACAGUAUUGUCAACGGUUACGUUUAUAACGGAAACAGUUUUCUAACCGAUUUUGCCAAUGCUAUGGUCAAAAUGUCGAACCUUAGCCCAUUGACCGGGACCAAUGGCCAGAUCAGGGCUAAUUGUAGGAGGACCAACUAAGUCAACUAAAAAUGUUGUGUUUGUUUGUGGUGAUGUUGUGCUUUAGUUUGGUUUUUCGUUGAAAUAUUUGUCUGUAUUGUUGACUUUUGUAUUGUUUGGUUGGCCAAUGUAGCGUAAGGUGCUGCAUUGAUGCUCUUGUACCUUUUGAGUGAAUUUCGUCAUUAAUAAGAAACUUAAUUACGUGACACUAUAAUAGUUGCUCUCCUAAUUUUUAUUUCGUGAAACUGCACAAAAUCAU